AUGGGCGGGGAGCUGGUGCCGAGCCUGGGGGCCCUGUGGCGCCGAAAGCGCCUGCUGGAGCAGGAGAAGUGGCUGGCGGGUUGGGCGCUGACGCUGGCGGGAAUUGGCAUCGUACUCAUGGUGCUGCACGCGGAGAUGCUGUGGUUCGGGGGCUGCCCGUGGGCACUCUACCUGUUCCUGGUUAAAUGCAUGAUCAGCAUUUCCACCUUCUUGCUCCUUUGCUUUAUCGUGGCCUUUCACGCCAAAGAGAUCCAGCUGUUCAUGACCGACAACGGGCUCCGGGACUGGCGCGUGGCGCUGACCGGGCGGCAGGCGGUGCAGAUCGUGCUGGAGCUGGCGGUGUGCGGGCUGCACCCGGCGCCCUUGCGGGGACCGCCUUGCACGCAAGGCGCGGGCUCGCCGCGGGGGGCGGCGCAGAGCUGGCCCGGCUUCCUGAGCCAGGAGGAGGCGCUGCUGUCGCUGGCCAUGCUGCUGCGCCUCUACCUGGUGCCCCGCGCUGUGCUUCUGCGCAGCGGCGUCCUGCUCAACGCUUCUUACCGCAGCAUCGGCGCCCUCAACCAAGUCCGCUUCCGCCACUGGUUCGUGGCCAAGCUGUACAUGAACACGCACCCCGGCCGCCUGCUGCUCGGCCUCACGCUUGGCCUCUGGCUCACCACCGCCUGGGUGCUGUCGGUGGCAGAGAGACAGGCUGUUAAUGCCACUGGUCACCUUUCGGACACGCUGUGGCUGAUCCCCAUCACAUUUCUGACCAUUGGCUAUGGGGACGUGGUGCCGGGCACCAUGUGGGGGAAGAUCGUCUGCCUCUGCACCGGGGUCAUGGGGGUCUGCUGCACAGCCCUGCUGGUGGCCGUGGUGGCCCGGAAGCUGGAGUUUAACAAAGCGGAGAAGCACGUGCACAACUUCAUGAUGGACAUCCAGUAUACCAAAGAGAUGAAAGAGUCCGCUGCCCGAGUGCUGCAAGAGGCCUGGAUGUUCUACAGAUAUACACACAGGAAGGACUCUGGAGCUGCCCGUAGGCAUCAGCGCAGGCUGCUGACUGCCAUCAGCACGUUCCGCCAGGUGCGGCUGAAACACCGGAAGCUCCGGGAACAAGUGAACUCCAUGGUGGAUAUCUCCAAGAUGCACAUGAUCCUGUGUGACUUGCAGUUGGGGCUGAGCAGCUCCCACCAGGCCCUGGAGAAGCGCAUGGACACCCUGGCAGGAAAGCUGGACGCCCUGACUGAGCUGCUCAGCACUGCCCUGGGGCCACGACAGCUUCCAGAAUCCAGCCAGGAGGCCACAUAGCUGGACUGAUGGAGGAGGAAUCAGACUACUUGCCCGGGUGAUGAGGUGAAGGACAUCCGCCUUGCCACUCCUGAUCCAGCCCCUCCUACCUCAAGUGCGAGGACUGAAGGGGCCCACCUGGGGGUGGGUUGAGUCUCUGGUGGCUGCUGGAGGGGACACUGGCUGGAGGAGGGAAGCCUUGGCCCAACCCUGCAGCCCCAAGUGGGAAAAUGGUCGCCCUCCCCCUACACACUCAUCAAAGACUUUCUCAUUAUGCUGCUAUAGGCAAAGUUAGAAGCGGAAGUGUCUGGGGGUUGGGACUCCUGGGUCCUGGGGUAGGAGCUGGUUGGGUCCCUGGAGUCCUGAAUCCUGGGGAGCCUCAGUUACCACUGGAUGGCAUAGCUCAAGGAACAAGGUCUGGGCUGGUUUGAGGAGGCAGGAGGUGGUGCCCCCUAGUGGAAGAGCAAGGAAGACACCAUUUUUCCAGAGCUGCAGAGAUUAUCUGGCAGGGAAUGGGGCGCCAGCCUGCCAGUCCAAUCUCUGUUCUUGUACUUUGUAAUAAAUAUACGACCAAGUCAGAAGUGGUUGCUGUUUCUUCUAAACACGUGCAGACUCCAAACAGACAGGUCAUCCAGUGGAAAAACCUUGCCCUGACUCAACCUCCAUUUCCCCUCCAAGUGUCCUCCCAGCUCUGCAGGCUGGGGAGUCCUUAACACCCUCCCCAUGCAGGCCAGCUCCAAGGCUAAGAACAAGGGCUUCAGAUUCAGACCAGUCAGGGUCCAAAUCCUGGCUGUGUA